AUGAAUAAGGUGAAUAAUGAUGCGGCUCAUCAAGCGGAAACCUCAGAAAGACGAUCGAUUUCAUCGCCGACAACGUCAACGUUUAUGCAGAGACCGAUCAAAACCGAAUCGUACGCUGAUAAUUACGAUGAUAUGAAUUUUAUCAGAUCAUUGUCUCAUUCGAAUAUUGAUAAGUCUAUUACUGGCCUCGAUGUCAGUGCGAUGACGGAUGUCGAUACUUCGAAACAUAUACCGUUCAAUCAUCGGCGAUCACUUGGUACAACUGAUCAAGAGUGCGCAAAUACAAGUCUCGAUAGUCCCCCAGGCUUAUCGCCAAUACCAAUUCAUACUGGUGCUUACAGCAUUGAUCGCUUCUUGAACGCUACUGAAUUUUACAGUGAGGAAACAGAGUGGAACAAAUGGCAGCAGAACGAAACAACUCAGAAACAGAAUUCAGUGGAUGCAAUGGCGCAAAAGUAUACGCACGUCUAUUCGGAAGCAUUCUUACAGAAUGAAUCGAUUCCAGAGGUGCUGGGAUUGAUUUACGCAGAUCAAGGACGUGGACUGUUGCGAUACAGUUAUCGAAUGUGGUCACUGAAUCGCCUGGAAAUUGACCCAUUAAAAGAGGUGACCUGUCGUUUGAACUGGUCACUGGUAGUACCGUCAUGUCUACAGAAUGAUGCGAAUGAAGAUGCUCGUAUCAAGAACGCUUUACGCAAAUACAUCUCAAAUCACAUUUACAACUGUCGACAGACGAUUGUCGUUCGAGAGAAUCGUGAUGAACUGAACCGUAUCAAAAUGCUGAAUCUCAACAAAGAAUUGCUACGUGAGGCCAUCUCACGCAUUGUCAACAAAACCUCAGAUGAGCACGGAUGGACGUUGUAUCGACCGAUUCCUUCGUAUAUAAUGCGAAACAUCUCUGGUGUUAGAAAUAAGGCAUAUAAACAGAACAAAGACUUAGAACGAGGUUUGUUUUAA